UUGGGCGAGAAGCGGCAGCGAGAACACUCCUGGCAACGGCUCUGUUGUGGUGACGUCGGCAGUCGGUGUCUGAUCCUUGUAUGGUGUACACGUCGUCUUACUUUACAUAUCCUGACAGAACAGAAAUCUUACAUAUUAACAGAUUAUGUUAGCAUGAUGUCGAAAACUCCCGAUAUGGAAGAUUCCCUUGACGGGGGAGAAAGAUGUCCUUAGGAGGAGGCAAGAGAGGCAGAAAUUCCUGACCUAACAUGAACUAAAAUAUAAAUAACAGUAUAUGUCAGAAGUAAUUACAAAAUAUAUCGCACUGAGAAUAUAAAAGACGAAAUGUAAUACACGAGAACAUCAAAUAUGUAUCAGUUCUAUCUACAAACUUUUCCAAACUCCAUCUACAAAACAUAACCCCCCAAAAAAAAUUGACUCAAACUUGUGAAAGGGUUUGACACGCCGUCGGGAGAACAAAGACUUAUAAAAAAUGCUUUAAAGAACUGGAACCACCGCUUGCGGUAGCCGCGGUAUUUGCCUGCGGUGACGGGACGCGGCGGAGGCGCAGUUGCAAGCGGUGAUAAAUGUAGCAGAUCAUCAUUGCACAUAUUACAACUGCACACAGAGUUGCAGAUGAUGAGGAAGGUGCUUCAAGAAGACCAAGUCCUUUGGGCCUUCAAGAUGACAGCAGGUGAAGGAUGACGACGGAGCGCCGCUGGUGGGAGCGCCCGGCCCCGCGUGACUGGCACCCUACACCCGCAGAGCUCCAGAAGAUCAAGUCCGCUUCCUCCAUCAGAAAGUCACUCCUCAACCGAUCCUCCUCCAGGAACUUCGAGAGAGCCUCCCUCAGGUCAUCUGGAAGCGUAAAAUCGGACGUUCACAGCGUAGAUAAGAGUUAUCUGAACCGCAGUAUUCGGGGAUCAAUAUCUAGUCGCACUUCAUCUUCCAAGAGUCCCCUGACACCACCUGUCAGGCAGGGUGUCAACCAUAAUGGGAAUGUCAGGGCACAGAGAUCCAGAGGGGGACAUUCUUCCUCUCAGUCGUCGUCUGCAGCAGGAAGCUCCGUCGAGGACCUCGGCGCGACGUAUGUGUUUACCGAUUUCAACAGAGGAAGUCAGGCGGACAUCGAUAGGAUUUUGAGAACCUCUCCCUCUACUCCCGCUCAAAAUUCUAGCAUCGCUAGAUAUCAUCCUCUUCCGGCCAUUAGCGCAACGCCGUCGACAAGAACCGACAAUAACAUAAUUCCCGACGCAACGCCGUCGACAAGAACCGACAAUAACAUAAUUCCCGACUUCGAACCUCCUCCUUUGGUCCGAAGUAGAACUUUUGAUGUGAUUGACACGAAGAUGAUGAACUUGGCGGUGGUGGACGGCGUUGGUGAUGACGGCGGAGACUCGAGGGCAGACACUCAGACCCCAACACGAACAGUUACAGUUAGUAUAGAAGGCAAACCCUUAGCCGAGUUCCUCUUGCACGCGAGAGACGGACUCCUCAGGUCUCGACCAGGUACACGCUACGGAAGGUCCGAACCUGCAGAAAGUUCAAACUCGGUGCUUCAACCUGAUGUGAACUACGACUUCGGAAAGCUGAUGAGAUGUCCUUCUCGCGAGCAUCAGCUUGGCAAUGACAGUGGUAUUAGUGAAGAGGAAGAUAACUCGGAGGACGAAACUGAUCCCUAUAAACACGAUCCUGUAGAAAGGUUCCCACGAAAAGAGACUAACGAUAGUAGUGAUCUAACUGAACCUAUCGAAAGCUUUACGGAAGAAAGUUGUGCGAGUGAAGUGAAUGACAUAGAAAGCUUCGAGCAAGACAAAUCUACUAACAGUGACAAUACCAGUGAACUUCCAGGAAGUUCGGCGCUAGAAAAGGACGAUGGAGAAUCCUCGAUAGAAAGACCUGAGCCGGACGAUAACAUGGAGGCUAAUGGAUCUCCUGAGAGGUCAGUGCCAGGAGGAGCGGGCGAAGCAGCAACAGGAGAAGCGGGCAAGGCAGCAACAGGAGGAGUGGACGAAGCAGCAACAGGAGGAGCGGGCGAGGCAGCAACAGGAGGAGCGGGCGAGGCAGCAACAGGAGGCGGCUCGAGCCAGGAGGUCGAGCAAGGGGAGGACAUCAUUGUCUACUUCAAGCUACCCGAUGACUCGCUGGUGCUGGUGUCGAGUCCGCGCAGCCAGACGCUAGCGGAGCUGCUGCAGGUGGUGGAGAACACCAGGAUGGGGGAGAGGCGUCUGGUGGUGGCUCAGGACGGGCUGGAACAGACAGACCUCACCAAGACCCUGGUCGAACUGGGCAUCACCGACAACACAACACUUUACCUCUUGAACGGCUGACAACCGCGCCACUCGGCAGUGAUGACACCUGCGGGAGGCAGCAGGAGAGGCAUCGUACCGGAACUAACAACUAUAGAUUGAUUGAUGAAGAUUAAGCCACCCAAAAGGUGGCAUGGGCAUGAAUAGCCCGUAAGUGGUGGCC